AUGAUGCUGCAACUAGUGCUGCCCGCAACAGAUGGGAAGCAGCAGCAGCGAAUUCCGUUAAUCGAUGCCGAUGAACUCUCUCUCCGGAUGUUUGGGGCUUUGCCUAGUGGUUGUACUUUGCUUAUAAGUGACUCCUCAGUGGAUAGCAAUGGCGGGCUUGGCGCAGCAGCAGCAGCAGGAACAGCAGAUAUAGCAGCAGCAGCAGCAGCAGACGCAGACACGGAUAUAUCUAAGAGGUAUAGAAUGCCUGAUGAGGUGUAUGAUCAGAGGAGAGACACAAUGAGGCAAUUCCUUAAGAACUUACAGAGCAACAGACCCGACCUCUUCCAGCAGCAGCAGCAGGAGGGAGAGCAGCAGCAGCAGCAGCAGCAGCAGCAGCAGCAGCAGCAAGAGCAGCAAGAGCAGAAGGAACAGCAGGAAGAGGAAGAUGAGGAAAAGAUACGUGCUAGAUUCCCAAUUGGCGCGAGGUGUAUGCUGUCUGGCGACCGUCGGGGGGAAGUGGCUUUUGUGGGUCGUCGGCCUUCAAGGCCCUGCACAGAGAUAUGGAUAGGCGUCGCUCUUGAUGAGCCUUUGGGAUUAACGGACGGGCGUGACUUUCGUUUUGCUGGGAUGCAGGCUGCUGCAGUAGCAGCAGGAGGAGCAUCAGGGUCAGCAACAGCAACAGCAGCAGCAGCAGCAGCAGCAGCAGCAGAAGGACGCAAGCUAGUAUAUAGCAGCAAACUAUUUGCAUGCAGCGGGAAUAAUUAUGGCGAAUUGGCGAAGCCCAAUGAAGUAACAGUUGGCGAUUUUCCUCCUAUAGAUCCUUUUGAUCUAGCUGAUGAGAUCUAA